CGGCCCUUCUCAAUACACCUCAACAAGCACCAAGAGCAACACAUCAACUAACAGGAAUUUCUGAUAAGUUUUUUCCUUCCCAGGAUUGCGAAGAGAACAGCAACCGGACACUGGAAGAGACUUUUAACAGCUGACACUGAGCUGCAAACACUUUUUGUUGGACCCUGGACUUUGACUCUUUCUGUUUUUUGGAGUGAAUUUGAAUUCCAGUUUGAUUUUGGGACAUUGUUGAGAGAGACGACGAGUGCAUGCGUCUCUGCUGACACUGACAUUUGUUGACUAUCCAGAGACUGUUUCUAUAAGCAGCUGGUAAGCUUACUUUUCCUACGACUUUAUGUCUACAAAGAUGGAACAGCCUUUUUAUCAUGACGACUCUUUUCUGUCGGCUUACGGCCACUCAGAUGCAGCAAUGCACGACUACAAACUGCUAAAGCAGAAUAUGAAUUUGAACUUGACAGAGCCCUACCGCAACCUGAAAUCCCAGCUGAGAGCCGAGACAGACCUGUACCAAGGGGGGCAGCAAGACGUGGGGUCCCUGAAGCUUGCCUCCCCGGAGCUUGAGAGGCUCAUCAUCCAAAACAGUAACGGUGUGAUCACCACUCCCACCCCGGGCCAGUACUUCUAUAACCGGAGCAUCACCGAUGAGCAGGAGGGCUUCGCCGAGGGUUUCGUGAAAGCCCUGGACGAGCUGCACAAGAUGAACCAGAUGCCCCCUCCUAACGUCUCCAUCGGAACCGGUGGAGUUACGACGUGUUCGGCGGCGGCCUCUAGUGUCUUCGGCUCCACCUUGCAGCCCGAGCCUCCCAUCUACACAACACUGAACGCCUACUGCCCGAACACAAGCCUCUCUUCCGCAUCCAGUUACCCCACAGCCACCAUCAGCUACCUGCCGCCGCACCAGCAGAGCCAUCCGCAGACCUCGACGCACGGCACGCACCCGUACCAGCACGCUCUCCCCGGCUCCGGACUCCAUCCUCAGCGGCUCGUCGCUCUGAAAGAGGAACCUCAGAUCGUUCCCGACCUCCUCAGCAGCGACGGCUCGCCUCCAAUGUCCCCGAUCGACCUGGAGACCCAGGAGAGGAUCAAGGCGGAGCGCAAGAGGCUGAGGAACCGGCUAGCGGCCACCAAAUGCCGGAGGCGCAAGCUGGAGCGCAUCGCGCGGCUGGAGGAGAAGGUGAAAGGUCUGAAGAGCGACAACCAGGGGCUCUCCAACACGGCAUCGGUGCUCCGGGAUCAGGUCGCCCAGCUCAAACAGAAGGUCCUGACACAUGUGAGCAGCGGCUGCCAGCUGAUGCUCACAAGCAAGAUGGAGGCAUUUUAAACAACAGAGACUACUAACGGACUGAAAAGUAAUAACACUGGAGUCAUGCUCUGCAUGCGCAGCACUGGGACACCGGCUGAUGUGCUGUCAGCACUGACAGCAACGCAGGGCCAAGGGCGAUGUGUAGACAACUCUUUAACCUAUUUAGGAUGAAAAAGACUGAUUGAAAUGGUACUUCCGGAUGCUGGACAUCGCUCAAAAGACCAUUCAGCCCUUGACACCAGGGCAGCAUCCAGACUGAGCAGACACUGAGCAACACACAGGCCCAGAAGUCGGGUUUACUAAUGGUAGAAAAUGGGAAUGAUUAUUGUAUUUCUUUGUACUUUUUGCAACUGAUAUUGUCAUGCAAUGCUGCAUUUAUUCAUUGUGUAAAUUAUUUUGUUUGUCCGGUUGAUCCGGACAAACUGAUGAUGUCCAAUGUUUACACUGUCUUUUUUUUUUAUUUGUGAUGUGUAUUUAAGUAAAGUGUCUUAAAAUGAAACGGAAAUGACUUGA